AUGUCAAGGGUUCCAAGUCCUCCACCUCCGGCAGAAAUGUCGAGUGGCCCUGUAGCUGAGAGCUGGUGCUACACACAGAUCAAGGUAGUGAAAUUCUCCUACAUGUGGACCAUCAAUAACUUUAGCUUUUGCCGGGAGGAAAUGGGUGAAGUCAUUAAAAGUUCAACCUUUUCAUCAGGAGCCAAUGAUAAACUGAAAUGGUGUUUGCGGGUAAACCCAAAAGGACUAGAUGAAGAAAGCAAAGAUUACCUGUCACUUUACCUGUUACUCGUCAGCUGUCCAAAGAGUGAAGUUCGAGCAAAAUUCAAAUUCUCCAUCCUAAAUGCCAAGGGAGAAGAAACCAAAGCUAUGGAGAGUCAACGGGCAUAUAGGUUUGUGCAGGGGAAAGACUGGGGAUUCAAAAAAUUCAUCCGUAGAGAUUUUCUCUUGGAUGAGGCCAAUGGGCUUCUUCCUGAUGACAAGCUUACCCUCUUCUGUGAGGUAAGUGUGGUGCAAGAUUCUGUCAACAUUUCUGGCCAGAAUACCAUGAAUAUGGUGAAGGUUCCUGAGUGCCGGUUGGCAGAUGAAUUAGGAGGACUGUGGGAGAACUCCCGGUUCACAGACUGUUGUUUGUGUGUUGCUGGCCAGGAAUUCCAGGCUCACAAAGCUAUCUUAGCAGCUCGUUCUCCAGUUUUUAGUGCCAUGUUUGAACAUGAAAUGGAGGAAAGCAAAAAGAAUCGGGUUGAAAUCAAUGAUGUGGAGCCUGAAGUUUUUAAGGAAAUGAUGUGCUUCAUUUACACGGGGAAGGCUCCGAACCUCGACAAAAUGGCUGAUGAUUUGCUGGCAGCUGCUGACAAGUACGCCUUGGAGCGUUUAAAGGUCAUGUGUGAGGAUGCCCUCUGCAGUAAUCUCUCCGUGGAGAACGCCGCAGAAAUUCUCAUCCUGGCUGACCUCCACAGCGCGGAUCAGUUGAAAACUCAGGCAGUGGAUUUCAUCAACUACCAUGCUUCGGAUGUCUUGGAGACCUCCGGGUGGAAGUCAAUGGUAGUGUCACAUCCCCAUUUGGUGGCUGAGGCAUACCGCUCUCUGGCUUCAGCACAGUGCCCGUUUCUGGGACCCCCACGCAAGCGCCUGAAGCAGUCCUAA